AGCUUUAAGAGCUCACGUAUUUGCGGCCGCCAUUUUGUGGGCAAUAUUUGCCCAUAUGGCCAGUCUGUAUUUAAAAGUCUCAGGAUUUGUCUAACUCAUGUAGACCCUUAAAUUACUUAUGUUAUUAGUGUGAUAAUUGUACCAAGUAUUCAUUUAAAUGUAUUGGCAAUGUCGGGGAAUACUAAACUCAUCUUAAGACCAAAAGUUAGAUUUUCUCAAUUUUCUGACAAAAAGCGAAAUGAUGAAUUAAUUAAGGAAUUUUGUAAGGCUGAUACAAAUCUACAAACAAAUGGUCCUAAAAUCAAGAGUAUUAUAACUUUUAAAAGACCAAUUAGAAUAGUAGAUUCUGUGGGAUCUGCUAGUGUUCAUGAUAAAGACAUAUCUAUAAAAAAUUGUGAUAUAAAAAUCGCAACUUGCUCUGAUAUAACAUCUAGAAAUACUCAAGAUACAUCUCUAUCUAACAAUAACGUGUCAGAAACUAAGAUUUCAAGAAUUUUAUGCAAUGCAAAUAGUAGUCAAGACAAGAAAGAAAAUGACUAUUUAUUACAACAGGAUAAGAAAAUAUAUAUGCAACCUGAUACUUUAAAAUAUUGUCGAAAAAUUUUACAACAAAAGGAUAAAGAAAAUAAGGAUAUAGUAUCAACGAAAAUUACAUCUAAGAAAAAUAGUGUUACAAUAAGAACAAAACAUUCACACUAUAAACAACCAGUUGUAUGCAAGAAAUUAAAACUUUCUACAAGUAGCAAUGAUAUACAAGAAAUAGAUAAUACAAAUUCUAAGAAAACAGAAAUGAUAAAAUCAAGAUCUGCACCAAAUAUUAUAGAAAAAACUAAAAAUCAUACAACCAAAACAAGAAUCCUUAAUACAAAAUCUACUUUACCCAAUGUUAUGCCAUGUUACAGAUAUAUCAAGACUGGAAUAAUGAAAAAUAAAGUUUCUUCAGUUAAAAAAAUUGUAUUGCAUAGUACAACAAAUUCCACAAUCAAAACUUCUGUAGAUUCAGGAAUUUGUCAUAAACAGCAAAAUGAUAUAAUGACGAAUAAAAAAUGUUAUACUAUGUCGAAUGCUGUGGAAAAACUAGCACAACCAGAAUAUAAUUCUGUCAUGUGUACUUUUAAUAAACUUAAGAAAAUUAAACAACAAAAAAUUGUAAAAGAUAUUAAUCAUUUGCCAUCUAUACAGAAGGAUCUUUUAAAUGAAAAGAUUUCUACUGCAUUGGAUUUUCCAUUGGAUGAAACAAUUUUUAAAAAUUUAGUGGACUUGAGCAUAGAUGAUAAACAGAUGUCUACUAUAAUGCGAACCAAGGAUCCAGAACCACGGCAAAAGGAUAUCAUACCUAAACUUUCUGACUUUUUUGUACCUGAGUAUACAAAAGAUAUCUGCACAUCUAUGCAUGUUAAACUUCGUGCCCCAAAAAUUAACGAAGAUUGGAAUAUUUUUAAAAUUAGCAACAAGACACUUGACUGGAGACAUAGUUUGGAUGAUGUACGAUAAUAUAUUUAUACUUUUUGUUUGACAAGUUAUAUAAAAAUUAUUAGUAAUGCAUAUAUAUAAUAAAUGUAAUGAUUAAAAGGAUAUAAAAUAAAUAAAACUAGUCUUAACAUCA